CUUCCUCUCAUACAAGCAGUUGCAUCUUCAGUUGUUCUGCCUCAAAGUAGAUUUCCUGUGGAAAAAUCCCCCCUCCUCAUCAUUGUGAAGAGUCUCCCUGUAGCUGUCUAACAACAGGAAGAGAGAAGAAAGCGAGAUAGACUCUGCAGAGGUUUGUCAGGGAUGCCAGAAACUGCCGUUGAGAGUUUGCAGUGUGGCAAACAGCCCCAAGUCAAACCGCAGCAUGAAAAGGGCAAGCAGCCAGGAGAGCUGUGUCCUCCUCCUGCUCCUCCUGCCUCUCCCUCUCCUCCGCCCGUGGACUCGGUGUCGCAGUCCGCCUCUGGAAGCCAGAUAAUCCCCCUUGUGGCUGGCAGCACCUUGGUGGCUUCAAUCGCCCAGCAAAGUCUUGUACAGCAGUACUGGGCUGAUGUGGAGAGCAGAGGGCAGAAGCAGUUCAGACCGUCGGUGCUGCGUCAGACAACUUCAAGACGACACCAUGAGAAUGGUGUAUCUCAAGCCUCUGUGUGCAAGGCAGAGGCGGCCACAGGCCACCGGCCCCUGUCGCCUUCCCCAUCCUCAGGCUCCUCUCCCAGGCAGCUGCAGCACUCCCUCCCUUUGAGGGAAGACAGCCCAAAGCAGAGCUCCAUGGAGGCCAGGCUUCACAACGGGAGCCAAGGGAGCGCUAGUGUCCUAUUUGCAAGGGGACUGUGCCGCUGGCCUGGUUGUAAUGCAGCAUCUGAAGAUUUUUCCAGUUUUCUGAAACAUCUCCAUUCUGAGCACAGUCAUGGUGAAAGAAGCAUCGCUCAGUGGAGGGUCCAGCAGGACAUGGUUCAGUAUCUGGAGAGUCAGCUCAUUCUGGAGAAACAGAAACUCUUCGCAAUGCAACUUCAUCUCCACCUCUCUGAACACAAAUACACUUAUUUGAAGACAGCGUCAGACUGGCCCCACAGCCUGCCUCUCCUCCUGCCCCAGCCUCAGGCAGCAGAUGGGGAUGGAGUGUCACGCUGGGCUGCAAAACAUCCAGAGGAGUUUGCUCAGCAUGGCUACUGGGCCGCUGGCACUGCCCACCUUCUGCCAGAUCUGGUCCCCAGUAUCGAGUGUUACAAGAACCACAACAUCAGGCCUCCUUACACCUACGCCUACCUGAUAAGAUGGUCCAUACUGGAGUCCCCAGACAAGCAGCGCACUCUGAACGAGAUCUAUAACUGGUUCACCACCAUGUUCUUCUACUUCCGAUACAACACCGCAACCUGGAAGAAUGCUGUGCGCCACAAUCUCAGCCUGCACAAGUGUUUUGUACGAGUGGAGGGAGGGAAGGGAGCCGUGUGGACGGUGGACGAGACAGAGUACCAGAGGAGGAAAGGACAGAAGUUUCACAGGGAUUGUCCUGUGAAAUGGCUGACAUCCUACUCCCAUUUCUGUCCGGAGGAGUCAUGAAGACCAACAGGCUACAGCAAGGAGCUGGUAUCAUCUGAGUGUUGCUUUAUUUCCAGCAGAGAGCGAUAAAGCAUCACUGUUGAUUUUAUCCAGUCAGACGCAGAGGGAUAUACUAUAUUGUAUCGAAGCACUGAACAAUCAGUGGAGAAUGUGUGAUUUCAAUGAAUUUGUUCUGUAUUAAUUUCACAUGCAUUGUAAGAAAUGGCAGCAUUGCGGCUAAAGACAUUUUGUACAAAUACUUUUCUAAAAUGAUUGUACACAAGGAUGUUUAAUGCCAGGACAAUUUUAAGAAAAUAAAUGUAGUUAACCUUGAAUUUUAUUUUUACUUUUUUUUUUUUUUUCUCCGUAGUCAUAGGCUGCAUAUGUCUGGUUUUACAGAUGUAAAAAGUCUCAUCUUAUUAAUACUAUAUAAGAUAAGUGCCUUUCAUUCAAUAAGUGAGGUGGAAAUAAA